UCCGGAAGUGUUCCUGUUUUGAUUACAGCAACGUUGAAAGGUUGAAAAUAGGUAGCUAGCAGCGAAUUUAUUGUUAAUAUAGUCCGUUUUCUUACCAGCUAGCGCAAUAUCAGACAACUUUAAAUUGCCUGGCGCAUUGUUAUCUACACGUGUCGACAUGGACAACCGUUGUUAUUGUUGUGCAUCAAAGUUCAGUCUGUUCAAGAAGGAGCUGGGCUGUAAGAGCUGCGGCCGGUCCUUCUGCUCCAGCUGUUUGACUUUCAGUGCUGUGGUGCCUCGCUGUGGCAACACACAGCAGAGGGUCUGUAAGCAGUGUCAUGGGAAUCUGACAAGUGGGGAAUCUCCAAACAGUGCUGGAAAAUGGUCUCCUCCAGAAAAUUACAAAAAACGGGUUGCUGCAUAUGAGGCCAAACAGCAGGGACAGUCGACGCAGCCUCCAGCACAAGGAGGCAGUAGAAACAGUAAAGCAGGCCAUAUACCAACCAAAGUCCCGAGUAAAGAAGACCAGGCUAUUGCUGAAAGACUUCAAAAACUGAAGGAGGAUACUGUACCAAAGUCCAUCCCCUCUGAGAGAGAGCUAGAGUCUCGCCUUGCUGCUCUGAAAACGCCCAGCCGGCCAGUGCCUUCUGUAGGAGAGAUGGAGGACCGCCUGGCAGUUCUGCAGGGUCAGACUCCAUCAUCUCAAGCUGCUCCACCUGUGCACCAGCCCCCAGAUAACAGGACUCAGACUGAAAAAGCCAAUGAUCUGGUGAAUCAGAUGUCAGAAGAAGUUACCAUUGAUGACCAGCAAUCAAAUCCUGAUUGCAGUGUAGAUGGCCAUAUGAAUGAUCUAAACAAGGGCGAGGGGGGAACAUUGGAUGAUAAUUUGGAGGAGAACCAGGAAGGAGACAAGCAGCUAGAGUCCGAGAAGGCUCGAGUCAUGGAGGAAGCCAUGGAGGAGCUGAGGAAGGAGCGGCAUUCCCAGGACCAGAUCCUGCACAUGGCCAAGAGGAUGGCGCAGCUGAAGGGGCAGGACCCAGACAAAGUUACUAUGGAGGACUUUCAGCAUCCUGACAGUGAGGAGGAGACUGAGGAAGAAGCUGUGACGAGAGUGUUGAAACAGCUCUCCGAAGAGGCUGGAUUGGAUGAGGCAAGUGGCUACAACAUACCUUUAGAACACAGUGGGCCAAAGAACACAGACUUGACCAAACAGUCAAAGAAACCGACCCAGGCUCAAGGACCCGAGAGUAGGAUUUCCACCGUUGCACAUCAGCCAUCGGACAGCGAUGAGGAGGAGCUUCCAUGGUGCUGCAUCUGUGACCAUGAUGCCACUAUUCGCUGUCACAGCUGUGACGGAGAUCUAUACUGCAACCGCUGCUUCAGGGAAGGCCAUGAUAAAUAUGACAGGAAGGAGCAUCGCACCACUAACUACACUGCGCCAAAGAAGAAGCGGAAGACUUGAUCGUGAGAUGUGCUAUAAGUGGUUGCCUUAUCAGGCUGUGGUCAGUCAUCACUGUGCUUUAGACUUAAGUGACCUAUUAUUGUUAGUAACAAGUAUCUUAGAAGAUUUAAACACUACCUAUUAUCUAAACAAUCUGGUACCCCUCAUUUUAACCUUAAUUUAUCCAAUCUGCCCAAAGUGGCUAUAAUCCUGUGUCUGCGUAGACCCCAGAACAAGCAGCAUCUUCUUUCUGUAAUUGCUAACGGAUCUAAAUGAACUGAACCAAUAAAAACAAUGGGUAACAUUUAUGGUAAGGCAAAGCCUACAAAUAGAUGUACACUUUAAUGUAAUGCAAUAUGUAUAAUAUAUAUUUUUUAAAGCUUUUAUUUCAUUCUGUUAAGGUGUUUUAGCAAAACAGCUUCUGCAUACAAAACAUUUUAAACGGUUUAAACAAAUCAGAAGCGUGAAUUGUUUUUUGUACUGCCCAAAAGCCAACAAAGGCUCGUCUUGGAUGCACUUGAGAGACGGCGUGUGUGAUUACUGACAGUGGCAAGUGUGUGCCAGGCAUCAGACAGCGGCACGUCUGUGGCAAGCGUGUGGAAACUCAGUGGCAAGCGUGUGGCAAGCGUGUGGUAAGUCUGUUACAAGUCUGUGGCAAGCAAGCGAGCGUCUCUCGUUCGGCACCCCUGGCAUGUUAGCUAAACUAGUCGUUCAGACAUCUUGACGUCGUUUACGACAGCAGACGUCGAAAACUUCUUCGAUAGACUUUUACAGCGCACCUACUGGAACGUUUUCAGAUCACACGUGAGAAAAUAUAACAAUUAAGGGAGAUUCACAUAACACAUAGCAUUGUUAUAACUACCUGUACGUUUGUACUAUUCUAUGUACUAAUACUGUUAUAAUGUUACACAUCCAAAUACUAUGUUAAUCAUGGUGAUUAAUAUAACUUAAUAAUGAUUUACAAUAAAAACAAAACUUGCA